AUGGAAGGUAGUUCUGAAAUAAGGAAAAAGUCUCGGGAAUCUAAAGUGUGUUCGAGAUGUGGGAAAUCAGUUAUAAAUUUAUCUCGUCAUCAGAAGGAUGUACAUAAAGUGAAUAAGAUUUUUCGUCAGGUAGAUGUAUAUAUAAAUGGAAACAAGAAAGCGCCUAAUAGGAAGAUAAAGUUUUGUCCGUUAUCUCCAUGCAAGCAUUCAAAGAAAGGUGUCUUUCAACUUCAUCAUCAUUUACAGUCAAAUAUCCACAAGCUUAAUCCCAACUCAAACCAAUACUUAGAUGCGCUUAAAUCUGCUCCGAGAAUUGGGCUUCAAGAGCUACGAGAUCACAUUGCCAAGAGAAAGAAAUCCAAAGCAAAGAGCGCCACAACUAAAGAUGGUCCUAAAAAGAGAAAAAUCGAAUCAAAAUCACCUGUACGUGGAAAGGCCGCAAAAGGGUGAAAUUUUACAAGGGUGACAAGGAAAAUGAGUAUAGUUUGGUGAAUAGAAUCGAAGCUGAGGAAGAAAUUGAAAAUGACUCGGAUGAUCAAUUAUUAGAAAAUCCUGAAGGAGAAGCAACUAUCAGCAGAAACGUGAGUAACCCUGGGCACCUCGCACCGACCUCCUCCAAUAGUAAUGCAGAGGAGCGCAAACUACAUAAUGAAGAAAGUUGUGAAUCAAAGGUAAGAGAGACGUACAAUGAUGAUGACAGCAAAUUAGAGUAUGAUCAGCAAGUUGAUAAAGUGGAACACAAGCUACAUAAUGAAGAAAGUGGAGAUUCAGGCAAUGAUCAUGACAGUAAUUUGGAGUAUGAAAAAGUAAUGGAUCAAAUGGAAUCAAAGGUAGGUGAUACACAUGAUGACCAUGACAGCGAUUUGGAGUAUGAUCAACUUGUGGAUAACGUGUGGAAAAGAAAUGAAGAGUGCAAGAAGCGAAGCUUUAAACAGUUAGUGUCUAUGAUGUCCUCCCAGUGUGAAAGCGAUGCCGAGCUAUCUGAAGAGUUAAACAACCGCAAAAAUGCUGACCAAGUAAUCCAACCACCUCAACCACCAGUGACGGCUGGUAAUACCAAAUCUAGUGAAAUAGUUAUAUGCGACAGUGAAGAAGAGGAAAUUUUAGACCCAAACUAUCACCCUUCCCUGGACUCCGAAUCAGAGUGUAGCACUGGAAGCUUGUCAGAUAACUGCUCGUUGCAAGAAAGGGAUGACAUUUUAACUGAUUUCGUGGAAAACGUAGAUAAUCUCGAUUUUCUUCGUGUGGAACCAGAAUGGAAGAGCGUGGUUGAUGUUGUUUUUGAAAGAAAAAAAAGGACGCUGGUAAUACUGACUCCCAAAGCAAUCUUUCACAAGGUAAAGUGCCUAAGGAAGUUAUGAAUGAUGAUGAAUCAUCAGUAUACGAUAGCGAUGAUGAUGAUAAUGACGACUGUCUUGAAGAGAUGGAAGAUGAUGUCAGUUUUGAAGACAAUGAUAGUAGUGAUGACAGCCCACUGCUUAACGAGUUUCAUUCCUGGUUGAUAGACGUAGACGGGGGUUAUCGCUGCGCAAAAGUGGCUGGUCAGUACAAGUCACAGGUAAAACGCAUCAUGAAAGUUCUUUCAGAAGAUUUCCCUCAAGCAAAAUGAAAUAGAUCUUGUUACUGUCGAGGGGCAUGACGGAGUGGUAAUGUUGAGGAAGUGGUUGGGUCAACUAUCUGAGGAGUAUCAACCUGGAACCAUUAGAUCAUACCUAAUGAGCCUUAGGCUAUUCCUUAAAUUCCUUGUGCAAGAAGAGAAAGGGCAAGAUAGAUUAGACACACUUCAUGCAAGGAGAGAUCUUUUAACUUCGUGGUCAUCUGCUCAAAGAAAGAAGGUGCUGAAAAGGAAAUUAGAGAAACAUGACAUGGACUUUGCAAAACUCCUUUCUAGCGAAGAUCUAUAUAAAGUGUCAAAUGGACAACAGCGAAUAAACAUAAUUAAAGCGCUUGGAACAGCUGCGGAGAAAAGCAAAGCUUGUGGAGAACCUGUGCUGGUCAACGAUCAGACCUUUUGCGAAGUAAGGGAUUGGCUGAUUACAAGAUUAAUAAUUGACAACUCCGGAAGAAGUGGUAUUGCAGCAAAUAUAACAGUGGAGGAAUUCAAAGAUGCUAAACUGUACGCUGGAGAAGAAGAUGGAGAGAGAUACCGCGUAUCAGUUAAGAAUCACAAGACAGGAGGUGUUUAUGGGGCAGCCAUUGUAUGGUUUCAUGCUGAUGUUUACAAUCUGGUGAAUACGUAUAUCUCAAGGGUGAGGCCUAAGUACGUCAAAGAUGCCACAGAUAACAUGUUCGUUUCAACCAAUGGCGUUAAACUUACUUCAUCGCAAGUAUCCACGUGUCUGACUCGUACAUUUCAAAGGGAGGGUGUGAAGUUUCACGGUCGCAUCUCCGCAACCUUGAUAAGAAAAUCUCUGGCAUCAGGAGUGCAUGUCCAUUUGCCUGAAGAUCAAGAACAACUGGCUGCCCUUGCACAGCACAAACCUCAAACACAAGCUCAAUAUUACCGCAUCAAUGACAAAGUUAGAGAAACAGAUAUUGGGCGUCGUGCUGUCAGAAAAUUUAUCACCAUGAACUGCGCAAAGACAGAGGUAAGUACUCUUAUAAUGCAUACCAAUCGUAGUAAUUUGAAUAACAAUUGGCAUACGAAUUCUGAUUUCUUUUAGGUAUCAAUAAUUCCUGUCGAGUGGACCGAGGAAGAGACCUCAAAACUUCAAGAUUUAUUCAAGUCUGAAAUUGAGACUGGUAACAUAACUGAAAACAUUGUCAGAGAUAAACUUGGUGCUUCCAACCUGUUGGAAACACACUCCAUGAAGGCAAUUGUGUUGAAAGUGAGAAGGCUUCGAUCAGAAUUUACCAAAAACUUAGAACCACCAACUGAAGUUGAGUCUCCUGAACAGAAGAUAGAACGGUUUAUGUCUUCCAGAGCUCCAUCCAUCGCAUCUGAAUCUGCAAAGCCAUCAUGGAGUAAGUUCACCGAUGAACAAACAGACCAUCUCCUAUCGUUAACUCAGGAUAUGAUUGAAAACAACGCAGUAAAAAGAGAGGUCGUUUGGGAACGGGUGAUAAAUGAUGAGAAAGCAUGGAAAACCGGGUUGGUCUUCGGAACCGAUGAUGAGGAGCUUCUUUUGAGGCAAAAACAACGUUUGGCGGACAAGGUACGAAAAGAAGUCAAACGUCAAAAGAUGAAGAGAAAGUAG